UGAUAUGAAUAAUCAAUGGACCUAACCCAACAGAAAAUUGACUACGCCCAAUUAUUCCUCUCAAAGUUGGAAAUUCUGAUGGGGUCGAUUACAAAGAAGGGGUUGCAGCAGUACUUGCUUCAGCUUCAGCAUCAUCCGCUCAGAACCAAGGCAAUUACAGCGGGGGUUUUGUCAGCGAUCAGUGACAUAGUGUCGCAGAAGCUCACCGGCAUUCAGAAACUUCAGAUAAGACGGCUUCUUCUCAAAGUGCUUCUAGGAGCUGUUUAUCUUGGACCAUUUGGGCAUUUCCUGCAUACCAUACUAGAUAAGAUUUUCAAGGGGAAGAAGGAUUCAAAAACAGUAGCAAAGAAGGUGCUGGUGGAACAGCUGACGGCUUCUCCCUGGAAUAACUUGGUUUUCAUGCUUUACUAUGGGUUGGUUGUGGAGGGAAGACCUUGGAUGCAAGUGAAAAGUAAAAUCAAGACGGACUACCCAAAGGUUCAAUACACAUCAUGGACGUUCUGGCCUGUUCUGGGGUGGAUAAAUCACCAGUAUGUGCCACUGCACCUCCGUGUCAUCUUCCACAGCUUGGUCGCUUUUGGCUGGGGAAUUUUCCUAAACUUGCAGGCAAGAUCUGUGGCAUUACCAAAAGCCAAGUGAAACGGAUGAAAAUUUUCGAUUGGCCUCAGAUGAUUUGUUGCCCCUAUUGAGUUAUUCUAGUUAGCUCACAGAUGAUCUCUCUUGAACAAUUAUGAACUCUAAAUACUAGAUAUAAGUCAUGGAUUCCCUUUUUCUUGUAUGCUGGAUGUUGUAGAAAAUGUUUUCAAUGAAUAAAAUGAGUGAUCUGUUUUCAUUA